AUGUUGCUUCGUUAUUCUGUCUUCAGUCAUAUCUGCCAGGUCUUACACAAGCGUUGUCUACCAUGGAGCUCUUCAACCACCGUCCGUAGGAUCACUAGCAAGGCACAAGACCAGCAGAUGCGCAGUAUGCUUGACGAUUACAAAGGCAUCGAUGCUUCCCUCUCCAAUAAUCUUUUGAAAAAGCAUGGUUUACCCUGGGGGUUCUCUAUUUAUCGCUGUUCUUAUAAGGAUGAGAGCGCGUGGAAUCGCCUACUUCAACACCUAAGAGAGAAUAUCGAGAACGACCUUGAAUGCAACCAGAGAAUGGAUCUUCUGUCGCAUCAUCAGCUGCUUAUCUAUGAUGAUAUCACGAAAUUCAAUGAAGCUACAUCCCACGAUAUUCGUGACCACUUCAACGUAUGGGUUACAUGCCAACUACCUCAGAUCGUCGCCAGCCCUGAAGUCCUAUCUAAUGACAAUCAUGGGCUGGGCUCACAGUACUUUCUCGGCCCACGAUAUAACUUUUGCCUCUUUGUAGACGAUUUCUGUCUAGAGUCGCUUGAGCUUUUCGAGAGUUCCUCUUCCGGUCCUGUUGUCAAGAUUUUGUCCAAGCCGUGGGGUAAUUUGACCCCGCAGGAAAGGAAAUACAAGAUACAUCCGGAGUGGCACGAUGGUGAGACAGACGACGAAUUUGAGAUGGUUGGGUGGAUGUAUACUCCCAUACACUCUUACGUGGGGUGGUUUGAUACUCUGGAAGUACCCUCGAAUUGGGAGGCGUUCUACGUACGGCCACCUAUGAUGAUUGACGAGGGUAGCAUAGUGAACAUUGAAGAAGAACUACGCCUCGCUUCAUUGCGCCGAAAGUCUUAA